UCUCAUAUAGUAAUCCAAACAUACAUCUUUCUUCUCAUCUCAUCUCAUCUCAUCUCUCUCUCUCUCUAAAAUACCUUUUUCCUCCAUCUCUCUUUAAUUUGAUCCAUCCAUCAACACCUUUUUUUCCAUCAAUCAAUCAGUUUCUCCGUUUAGAGUAAAAUCAUUAAUCUUGAUGGAUCGUCACCAUGUUAAAGUCGGUUUGAGCCGUGUAGCUAAUUGUAACAAUAAGAACAUUAAUAGCAACCAUCUUCAACAGCAUGAAGAAGACAUGGACCUCCGACGAGGUCCAUGGACUGUCGAAGAAGACUUCACCCUCAUGAAUUACAUAGCUCAUCAUGGUGAAGGUCGCUGGAAUUCACUUGCCCGUUGUGCUGGUCUAAAGCGAACUGGGAAAAGUUGUAGAUUGAGAUGGCUGAAUUAUCUCCGCCCAGAUGUUCGACGUGGAAAUAUCACUCUUGAAGAACAGCUUUUGAUUCUUGAACUACAUUCUCGUUGGGGCAAUCGGUGGUCAAAAAUCGCUCAGCAUUUGCCAGGAAGAACAGAUAACGAGAUCAAGAAUUAUUGGAGAACGCGAGUGCAAAAACAUGCGAAACAGCUGAAAUGUGACGUGAACAGCAAGCAAUUUAAGGAUACCAUGCGUUAUCUAUGGAUGCCGAGGCUAGUGGAGAGAAUUCAAGCAGCUGCCGGUGCCACCGCCUCCGACCAAGUGCUUCAUCAUCAAACAAUUAAUCCAAACAUGGUGCCAAUUGAUCACAGCAAUAACACUGCUGCAGUCACUAAUUCAAGCACGGCAGCUUCAUCAGAAAACUCAUUUGGAACGCAAGUUUCACCUGUUUCUGACCUCACUGAUAGUUGCUACAAUUACCCCCAAGUUAGCAGUAACGUCGUUAAUCAGCAAGAUUGUUUUCAAGUAAAUCAUCAUCAAAAUAGUAGUCAACUGUGUCACGUUGGAGAAUCUUUAACAAGCCCCACGGGCUACUUUCACCAUGCUACUGCUUUAGAAUUCCAAGCUGCAGCUAUGGAUCAUCAGCAAAACACGAAUUCUCAAUGGAUGGACGGUGCAAAUUUCUAUGACAAUUUGUGGAAUAUUGAGGACAUGUGGUUCUUACAGCAGCAACUCAACAACAACAACAACAAUGUCGUCUGAGGAUAAUUAAGACCAAGUUGUAUUCUAAAUAAACAUCAUAUUAUCACGUGUAAAAAAAAGUUAAAGAGGUGGGGGAUUCAUAUAGAAGAAUUGGGAUGCAUCAAAUUUCAUCCUUAUGUAGGACACACACAUGUAGCUUCUGGGAGAGAGACAUGCAGGAUUAGUUGUGGAUUUUACAGUUUAAUUAAAGUUACAUUAAUUUUCUUCUCAAUUUUUAGUUUUUUUUUUCCAUCGAGGGGGUGGGGUUAAAAGGAUUGAUUUGUAACAUCUUUAUUUUGUUUUGAUUAUUUAUAACAUCUAGUUAUUUGAGUUA